CCCAAAAUUCCUCUUCCUGUUUUUUUUUUUCCCCAGUCGAAGUCGCGAUUAAAAUCGAAUCAUUACUGUUCAAUUCAAGCUCGAUUCGAUUCUUUGUUUUCUGCUCUCUUGUUCUCAAGGGACAUUCGAGGGACCCAAAUGCCAACGGGUCAGCAUCAUAUCGUUAGAACAGACAUUUUGGAGUUAAAAUCUCAGAUAGAGAAGAAGAUAGGUCGGGCCAAAACUGAGAGCUAUCUUAACCUAUUAUCAAGAUUCCUGAGCUUGAAAAUCAGCAAAUCUGAUUUCGAUAAACUAAUCAUUGCGACGGUGAAGAAGGAGAAUAUCAGUCUACACAACGCUUUGCUAAGAGGGAUAGUUAGGAAUGUAUGUCUCUCAAAGGCAUCUCCAUUGAUAAAGAAUGAAGACGUAGAGAAGAAGAAGAAGAAGCAACUGAACGGUGUUUUUCAGACAAAUCCUAGUUUCAAAUCUUUAUGCAAAGACCUUCCUAAAUCGCCUCGUAAAGGAAGGACUCAACGGAGGUUCAAGGAUUGUAAUGGAAGCAAAGGAAAGAGUCAAAUCACUGAGGUUGUGUCUUCUAGUUGUAAACGACAAUGGUCAUUGGAAGAUGGUGAAGAAGUUGACCAAUCGAGUCGAUGUUCGAGAAGUCAACCCGUUGAAGCUCCAUUUGGUGUUAAUCUUAGAGAUGUGAUCAAGAAAAGACAUCAUCAUCAUAUAGGGACAUGUUACUCCUCUGGUGAGCUUCCUGACUCGAUUUCCUUAAAGAAGAAACUCGAAGACGAUUUGGGAAUAAUGGAGGAAGGACUAGAGGUUUCCGUUGGGUUUGCUAACUCGUUGAACGCGGGACUCAAUGUCUUCUUGAAACGAUUAAUCAAACCGUGUCUAGAAUUUGCGGCUUCAAGGUCUAGUAGCCGAGGAGAAGCAUGUUCUUCAGCAUCUAUGGUAGAUUUUCAAGUAGCUAUGGAGUUAAACCCGUCGAUACUCGGGGAAGAUUGGUCUGCAAAGCUUGAGAAGAUCCGGUUAGACACACCUGAUUUUCCUGCAGAUUUUCAGACAAGACAAGCUAACCCUAUAACUAGAUAGAUCUGAUUUUUCAAUUGCAGAGUUUGUGUUGAACAUCAUCUUUAGGUUUUAUGUGUAUAUAUGUCUUGGUGCACUGAUUUUGUAAGCUUAGGUCUGAUUUGAUAAACAAAUUUAAUAGAAAUAAGGUAGUAAUUGUUACAGCCAAAAGCAUAAAAACACGAUAUAAAAUUGUUAAUGUUUUUCAGGGAUACAAGAAGCAGGAACAGACGGAAGAUACCAAAAAAAAAAAAAAAA